CGACUAAAGAUACGGCUUUUCAAGGAAAUCCAGCGCUGCCACGACAAACCACCUCGCGCUCCUUGUUUUAGCAGAGACAAUUGCCAAGAUACCGCUCGCAUGGACAAGUCUCCCAUCGAUCAGCAAGGCGUAGCUUCUCCUCGCAGCGCGUAACAGCAAGGCACCGCUAGCGUGGACAAGUCCUCAAAUGACCAGCCCCAACCGCCUCCCCUACCACCCAUGAAGCAGCAAGGCAACGGUCGCUUGGACAACUCCUCACACGACCGGCGAAACCCGCCUCCUCUGCCUGCUAUCAUAGUCAUGGAGAAGCAUCGCCGAGCAGCCCUCUCAGCUAGUCAAACCCCUCACGCAACUCACAAACCAAGAAUUGAGCUUGAACGUGGCGCGUCUGAGACAUCGUGUGCUCAUUGGUUCGACGAUCUUAAGGAUCCAGAAGACGCGAAACUUGAUCCAGAGAAAUAUUCGCAUGAAGAAGAACCAAAGAAACGUUCGAAAACUGUUGACAGCAAUACGUCAAAGACUUGGUGGAUCAGAGACUCGCUUGCGCAUGAUCGCUCAGCAACCGGUUUCCACCAGAAGAAUCGGCGCAGAGAAAUUUACCACGUGUACUCUGAUCAGACAACAGGCGUCGAAAUUGAAAUUGUUGAAGAACACAAGAUGUAUAAGGCAUAUAUCCCAAGUUUGAGCAUCAAGAAAUGCCUUCCCCUAUGGGACUACAAAUACAUAGACAUGGAUGUCUUCAUUGUAAGGACUAUGCAGAUGACGGCGGAAAGACCUGUUAACGUAAUCAACUAAUGGCAUCGAGGCCAACAAGCAAGCAGAUAUAUAAAUCGUAGUCUGGCCUGACUACCACGGACACCUCCACGGCAAUAGCAAAGAUUGUGGAGCGUUUUCCGCAAGAGUUUCACGACGACAUGGUCUCUAAACCCGAAAGCAACGUCUCUGCCACGAUCGUCGACUUUUUCUUAUUAAGCUCUCUUCUUUCGUUACAGCCCGCUCGAAAGGUUAAGGACAGGUAGCAUAGAGAACAAUUGACACAAGAACUGUGGAUCCAUGAGCUUUUCUCUCGAAAUUGACAUCUCUGCAAUCUCAUACUUACAGGAUUCAAUGCAU